UUCCCUCUCACCUUUCUCACAGAGGGUGGCUCCCGCUUCGUAAAGACCUCAUCGCGGCGAGGUGAGGCUAAGAUGAGCAUAACCAGUGACGAGGUGAACUUCCUGGUGUAUCGGUAUCUGCAGGAGUCAGGUUUUUCCCACUCGGCGUUCACAUUCGGUAUCGAGAGCCACAUCAGCCAGUCCAACAUCAACGGGACGCUAGUGCCACCGGCUGCCCUCAUCUCCAUCCUGCAGAAGGGCCUGCAGUAUGUGGAGGCCGAGAUCAGCAUCAACGAGGACGGCACGGUGUUCGACGGCCGCCCCAUAGAGUCCCUGUCCCUGAUCGACGCGGUGAUGCCCGACGUGGUGCAGACGCGGCAGCAGGCGUUCCGGGAGAAGCUGGCGCAGCAGCAGGCCAGUGCGGCGGCCGCGGCGGCGGCGGCGGCGGCGGCAGCGGCCCCCCCGGCGGCCCCGGCGGCCCCGGCCGCGGUUUCCCAGCAGAACCCACCAAAGAACGGCGAGGCCGCAGUCAACGGCGAGGAGAACGGAGCGCACGCGAUGAAUAAUCAUUCGAAACCAAUGGAAAUAGACGGAGACGUGGAGAUUCCACCCAACAAAGCCACAGUCCUUCGGGGACACGAGUCUGAGGUGUUCAUUUGUGCCUGGAACCCUGUCAGUGAUCUCCUGGCGUCCGGAUCCGGAGAUUCGACAGCGAGGAUAUGGAACCUGAAUGAAAACAGCACCGGGGGCUCCACCCAGCUCGUGCUGAGGCACUGUAUACGGGAAGGGGGCCACGACGUCCCCAGCAAUAAAGACGUGACCUCGCUGGACUGGAACAGUGACGGGACACUGUUGGCUACAGGGUCAUAUGAUGGUUUUGCAAGAAUAUGGACGGAAGACGGUAACCUGGCCAGCACCUUAGGCCAACAUAAAGGCCCCAUCUUCGCCUUGAAAUGGAACAAGAAGGGGAAUUACAUUUUGAGUGCCGGCGUAGACAAAACAACAAUAAUUUGGGAUGCCCACACAGGAGAGGCCAAACAGCAGUUUCCAUUUCAUUCCGCCCCUGCUCUUGAUGUCGACUGGCAGAACAACACUACCUUUGCCUCCUGUAGCACAGACAUGUGUAUUCACGUCUGCAGACUCGGCUGUGACCGCCCAGUCAAAACCUUCCAAGGACACACAAAUGAAGUCAAUGCCAUCAAAUGGGAUCCUUCUGGAAUGUUGCUAGCGUCCUGCUCUGAUGACAUGACAUUAAAGAUCUGGAGUAUGAAGCAAGAUACGUGUGUCCACGACCUUCAAGCUCACAGCAAAGAGAUCUACACCAUAAAGUGGAGCCCCACCGGGCCAGCCACCAGCAACCCAAACUCCAGCAUCAUGCUAGCGAGUGCUUCGUUUGACUCCACGGUUCGGCUGUGGGACGUGGAGCGGGGCGUUUGCAUCCACACGCUCACCAAACACCAGGAACCAGUCUAUAGUGUAGCUUUUAGCCCCGACGGGAAAUACCUGGCCAGCGGCUCCUUUGACAAGUGUGUGCACAUCUGGAACACUCAGAGUGGGAGUCUCGUCCACAGCUACCGAGGCACUGGCGGCAUCUUCGAGGUGUGCUGGAACGCCCGAGGGGACAAAGUGGGCGCCAGCGCGUCCGACGGCUCUGUGUGUGUUUUAGAUCUACGAAAGUAAACACAAAAUACUAUAGGUAAAGAACCCUAGUGGACCAGCAGUGAACGUGUGGGGUUGGAGCACUCUUCAGACACAACUCUGUCAGCUCCGAAACUGUGCGAACUUGACGUUAGAGUGUACUUUGCAAUCAGCUCAUCCCUGGCCACAGGAGUCUCUAUUUUUUUGUAAUCUUCAUCAAGAAGUUUAAAACAAAAAGCAUACCCACAGUCCCAUCAGAGGAGGAAGAAUGGCUCCCACCUGGAACGUGGGAAGCGGGAAGCCAGCAGCUUGACGGCGCGUGGGUGGGACCCCGUCCAGAGCAGGCUCUGAGGGCUGAGAGGAGACGAAGAAGGAAAAAAGCUGUGCCAAAAAGAAA